UGUCAAUGUCAAUCUUGAAUUUCAAUUUCAGCCAGCUGUGAAUUGUGGUGCGAAAUUUCCCGUAAUUUAAGCGAUUUUUAUAUUUAUUUUACACGUUUUAAACUGUGAUAGUAAUUAAAAACAUUUGAAAUAUGAGCAAUUCAUCCGUGUUGUUUAAUAAUCCUGAAAACUUACCAGUGGAAAAUGUUACAAUAACUGUGUCAAGUGCCGGCGUUCUCCAACGAAUCAAUGCACUGGACACCUACUGGGUGGAGAAAAGAGAUUUAAUCUUAUAUGAAAGACCCCCAUCAGGCUGUGAGUUAGUACUGGGGGCUUUAGACUCUUGGAAGACAAAAAUUGAGGUGUAUAUUGGAAAUUUAAAAUGGCUUUUAGGACUUGAGCAUUACAGGUUUUGGAGUACAAUACUAUACCACCCACAAUGUAUGGACUCGUUAGUAUCAUUCAUCCAAGAAGCGACACCACCAUACAUGCCGCCACACGAACCGUAUGAAGUACAACAGUUGUAUGAAGAAGUGCGGCGACUUGUUCUUGUUGUUUUUAGCAGACUGGUUACUAAUAAGGAAAAUAAGUCACAAUGGAUGACAAAAGAUUAUAUGGCAGAUAUAAUUUACAACAAGUUCAUAUUCACGAUACCAGUGCUGUGGGACAUCUGUGUGACGUACGGCGUGGACAAUCCGAGGCACGUGUCGCGACUGCUCGAGGCGGUGUUCUCUCUGCAGCCGCGGUAUGAGGCAGACGCGGUGCAGGCUUUGAUGUUUGUGCAAGAAUCAUUCAAAUACAUUACAAUGCAAGUGAACAAAGACUACGAGAGCGAAGAGCCCCCAAACCUUCCGGAAACAUUUAAGGGUUUCAGUGAGAUAAGACGACCUUCGGGGAGCAAGGGGCAGGAUAAGAUCACGAUGAGUGUCCUCAAAGACCUGGUCGUACACAUGCUGGAUACUGCUGUAACUUUGAGGAUAUUUGUUGAGGUGUAUCCCAAAGGUGUGGAUAUGAUGAAGAAGACGAACUUUGUUUUGAGUAUAGUCCAGCUCUACGAGUAUGGUAUACCGCAGCUGUAUGAGACGCUUCUAGAGCUGGAGGAGGAGGGGACCCAGGCAGAGGAAGUGGAGGGAUACAUCGAGCUGGCGCGCGCAGAGUUCAUAGACAUCCUGCGGGAAAUGCUCGCCGUGUACAAGAAUGCCAUAUUCAAUGGAGAAGGCAGUGUAGCCAGCAACGUGGAAGCGUACCUGUCGGUGAUGAUGGAGGCGCUGUCGGAGCGGCUGCUGAUCAGGGACUACCAGCAGUGCUACCCCGUCCAGGAGGACUUGGAGGUGCUGAAGCAGGUCUAUCCUGAUAUUGAUUCAGUAAAAACGGAUUUCAUUCUACAAGCUAUCUAUUCAAACAUAGAGGAUAAAGACUUUAAACAGGAAGAGCUUCAUGCCACAGACAAUCUGAUGAACGGCCAUCUUGAAACCACAGACAACAGUCCGACAACAUCUCAAGAAAACGAUAUACCAGAUAAAAUAAGAGAGGAAUCUUUAAUAAGCGAAGUAAAAGACAUACUGCCACAUUUGGGUGAUGGGUUUAUAUUGAAAUGCUUGCAGCACUAUGGGUUUAGUUCGGAAAGGGUUAUUAAUGCAGUACUAGAAGAUACCUUGGCGGAUAGUUUAAGAGAACUCGAUAGAAACCUCCCAAUAAUUCCAAGCGACAUAUUGGACGAGAAAUUCCUGGAGACGGGCAUAGCUCGGCUAAACGUAUUCGACGGCGACGAGUUCGACAUCAUGACGAGGGACGACGUGGACCUGUCCAGGAUACACAUCGGAAAGAAGAAGGAGAAGUACAGAGACCUCGGCGCCAUGUUGGAUGACAAGACUAUGGUUAAGAAGAGGAUAGAUAUUUACAGCAAGUAUAACUUGGUGUGUGACGAGGAGGCGGUGUACUCUGACGAGUAUGACGACACGUACGACUCUGACGGCGUGACCCCCACCGCUGACGUCGCCGACGACGCGAGGCGGCCGUUCGUGACCCCGCGCGCUCUGCAGCAGAGACAGCGUGAUGAAUCGGAGGAUGAGUCAGAAGAAGUUGAAGAGGAGAAGCCAAGAGAAGGAGCCAAGAGUAUGGACUUCUGUAGGAAUCCGGAAGAGAUGCGCGCGCGCAGGGAAGCCAACAUGGCGGCCAGACGCGGGAAGGGAUACCGGCCGCCCCCGCCGAGAAAUACAGACGUGGUCGGCAAACAGAGAGGCCAAGGUCAAGAGAAGGAGGUCCUCCAGAACAGGGACAAGAAGGAGAAGCACAAAUCGUCGCGCGGCAACCACAGCCGGCGGCAAGGCGCGCAGUGGAAGCGCAGCCAGGGCAUGAUGCCGUCCUAGACCACGUCUCGGACUUGUGUUUAACUAGAUACCGCUCACCGUCCAUCGUGUUGUAACCUUUUACGCUUAUAAUCAAAAUAAGGAAGUUUGAUAUUGUGCACCACAGAUGUCGCUCAAAUGUACUUUCUUUGACAUUUCGUCAUGUUUUUAUUAUUCAUAUUAAUUGAUUAUGAAACACGGCUAAAACUCACGUGAUAUAACUUCAGAGUAUGCUAGUUUCGGACCCAUACGGAGCCCUUACUCAUGAGCUGGUUCUUGCGACGCGCGGCCGCUCGCAGCCGCAUUGUGCUUGAAAUAUUUGUGCCAUGCACCAAUUUAUCUUAAUAUAUAAAUUCGAGUGGUCAUUUAUCACGAUAUCUCGAAAACCGCUUAAUGUACAAAUGUGUUUGGCAGUGAGGUAGUUUAUAGUUAGUAGAUAUCCACGGUAAGAACGGAUUUUGCGAUAGGGUCGGAUUAAAAAGGUCUUAGGGCGAACGAAGUCACGGGCAUCAGCUAGUAUUUAUAUAGGAACAUUGAGGGACGGAAUGUCUCUAAUAUGGAAUAAUUGGAAUUAAAGUCUACCCGCACCUCAGACUAAUUACAUAAGGACCUGCCUCGCUAGAUGUUACUUUUCUGUCAAAGUAUAUGAUCAACGAUCCAAUGCGAUUAUGCAAACAGUAUCUAUAGAAUCAAAGUAGUUGUAAUCGUGUGUGAGUGUGUAAAAAAAGAGAUCCGUAAAAAUACCUUUUUGUGUAGUUAAAUGUUGUAAAAAACGAUCAACAACUUCUAGUUUAGUAUAAGAUAAGAGUAUAUACUCAUCUGAGCUCGUUUUCUUUAAAAAAUGACAGACAAUUUUAUUCGUAAAUUUGGUUGCGAUAGUCCUCAUGUAAUUAGUCUGAGAUCUCCUAUAAUUAAAUUUUAAUUACUUUUAUGUAUCACUAAAUAACUCCUGUGAUGUCUGUAGGUAGCAACGAAUUGACAGGAUUGGUUUUUUUUAGAAAUAUGACCAAUAUAUAAUUUUUUUUUCGUCCAACAAGUCGUAAAAACUGUUAAGUCAAAGUCAAAGUCAAAAUUCAUUUAUUUGAAAUAGACUUAGUUUACAAGCUCUUUCGAAACGUCAGGUAAUAAUAUUAAACUUAAGAUAAUGGUGAUAAUAAUCAUUCGAAUACUUAAAAUUAAAGUUAGGAAGGAUACAACUACUACUACUAUUUGAAAUAGUAAAACAAGCAAGGCUCGAAUCGUGAUCUUGAAGCAUAAGGUUUACAUUUUAUGUAAUUUGAGCUUACAAACGGUAUCCAUCUAAAUAGAAGUCUAUGUAUAAUUAAAUAAUUAAAUUAAUUGUAAAAUUAAUAAAUAAACGAUAUACCACGAUAAACACAAUGACAGACAAUAAAAAACAAAACUCUGCUAUAUUUUGCAGUAAUAUGACACAACCAUAAUUAAAAGGUUUGAAGAAUUUAGUAGCACCGUUAUUUUUUUUUCGUAGGAAAUAGAUUAAUCGGUCUGUAUAAAAUCAGAACAAAAAAUCGGUCUGUAUAAAAUCGCUUAUGAAACGAUUUUUUUUUACAUAGAUGUUUUCAAUUUUCAUUGCAACUAGACCAAUUUUACAACUUGUUUGUUACCUGUUUGAGGUAAAAUUUUGUAAUAAUAAUGUUUUUAUAAUACUAUCAGUUCGCAAAAUCGGCUGGUCAAGAAUCUAUUAAAUUGUAUUGUUAAGGGUCGGUUUCACCACUUAAUUGGUAAGUGUCGGAUAAUCUAAUCGUAAGCUUUGUUACUUUCUUUAUUUAAUCGUAUGUUAUAUGACAAAGAUCAAUUUUAUGAAUAAUCCAUCUGUAAUCUGACACUUAUCAGAAGGUAAAACGAAACCUGACAUUAAUGAAAAAAAAUUAAUAAAAAUUCUAUUUGUUAAAUAAAAGAGGUAAAGUUUGUGUUGUUGUAAGAGGCAAAUUCUGGAUCUAAUGAACCAAUUUGAAGUUAUUUUAGCACUAGAAAAUCACGUUAUUUGUAAGUGUCAUAGGCAGUGGCGUGCACAGGGUCUUUAACUAAGGUAUGCACUAUAGGUAGAAAAUGGAAAAAUCCUAUCGCAAUACAGGUUUGUAAAGCGUUCUCAGGGUAGGCAGGGCAUUUUGCAUCUAUGGUGUGCACGCCACUGGCUAUAUUUUAUCCCCGUAUUCUAACGGGAACGAGAACUACGCGGGUGAAACAGUUGGCUAGUAAUACAUAAAAUAAAUGACCAUACAUUACAAUUUAUCAGGGUUAACCGAUUUUUAUGAUUAGUAUGUUUUUAAAUACAGUAUCAUUUAAUUUUGUAAGGAUCUGAUGAUGAUUCUGAGUGGUCGAAAAACGCGACAAUAAACAGUAUAUCAUGUCAAUACACAAAUAAUGCAAUAAUUUAGUAAAAUUGUUUAAUUGAA